AUGCCAGGACGUUUUAGGCAACGUACUACUCAUCUCCUUAAACAAGAGAUACUGGAAGGAAAUGCUCGGAAGCAGCCAACUUUGACCCGUAGUGAUCUUGAUGGCGGACAAGCACUGAAGCCUGCCGCAAAUAAAAUCCCCGUAGGCUGGAGAGGAAAGGGUCCAUCAAACAAGGAAUUCCAGGAAUCCGGAGCAAGGAAUAUAUUUGAUAGGAGCUACAGGAUUGGCUUUAAUGUUCAAGGGGAUCGAGAUCAAGAUAGUCCAGAUGAGCGCAAACAAGGCCGAAAUGACAAAGGCAAUGGUAGCGGAGAUAAAAAUGGAGACAAGGACGGAGAAGAACCAGACGGCAUUGACGCACAGGUUUUAUCCUUGGAGACUGUUGAGGUCGGUCACUCUGAAGCAGAAGAAGAUGACGACUCGAACAUAUUUCAGGAAGCAUAUGUUAGGAAGGCUAACUCACUUUACACCCAUUCCUACGAGGAUGAGAUCCGCAGACACAUGCAAAUUUCGAAAUCAAUCAAAGCAGAAUAUUUCAAAACUGGGGAUAAGGUGACCCACGCCCAACGAUUGCUGGACGAGGAGUGGAAUUGGAUGGAACGAGAGCCUGCCAAGUCCCCUUGGGAAGAGCAAAACCAAUUGCAACUCAACUCUUGCGACUUCGAAGACAAUCUUUGGAGACUCCGUAAGAGGCCGGUACUUGUGCGAUCCAUAGAGCGAUGCUCUUAUAACAAGUGCUUCAAAUUCUGGGAAAGCGAUCUCUUGGGAGCAAAGCGCUGUGACACAUUAGCAUUCAAAUCCGAUGAGCCACCGAGCUUUAUGAAUAUUGAUCUGUAUAGACGCAGAAUCGGGAUAGGUGUACAUCACGCAGCCUAUCCUACAAAGUGGAUGCAAAUACCAUUGGAAAUUCGCAAAAUUGAUCCUGGCAGUGAUUUAAAUUAUGACACGAUAUUAUAUAAUCACCAUAAUUCGACUAGUCAGCCUGGUCCGAAAUGGAAUGCCACCAACGUAGGCGACCAAAUAUUUAUCUACGCAGAGAACAUUCCAACCAAACGCCCUGGGAGUAUGGGUUUUCAAGUUCAAUGA